AUGUGUCGACCAAUUCGUCUUUUAACUGAAGCUAAAGGUUAUGAUACAUCAAAUCAUAUUUUAGCAUGCUUUGGUGGUGCUGGAGGACAACAUGCUUGUGCAAUAGCUAGAAAUCUGGGUAUUCAUAAGAUCUUAAUUCAUCGAUAUAGUUCAGUUUUAUCAGCUUAUGGUUUAUCAUUAGCAAAUGUUGUUUAUGAAGUACAAGAACCAAGUGCUGAAAUUUAUUCUGAAACAUCUUUGUCAAAAUUACAAGAAAGGAUUCAAAUUUUACGUAAUAAAUGUACUGCAGAACUUAAAUCACAAGGAUUUAAAGAUGAAUCAUAUAUUAAACAUGAAAUUUAUUUAAAUUUACGUUAUCAUGGAACUGAUUUUGCCUUAAUGGUUUUAAAACCAGAAUCAUCUUGGAAUUUUUCAGAAUCUUUUAUUCAACAAUAUCAACAAGAAUUUGGUUUUACAUUUCCUGAUCGAAGUAUUUAUGUAGAUGAUAUCAGAAUUCGUGGUAUAGCUAAAGGAUUUAAAGUUACUCAACAUGAUGUAUUUGAUGAAAUCCAAAAGAUUGAUUCAAAGUUGGUAGAUCCUUCACAAAUUAAAGAGAAAACUUUGAUUUAUUUUGAAAAUGGAAGAGUAGAAACUCCAAUAUACCUUUUAGAACAUCUUAAAAUUGGUGAUAAAAUCACUGGUCCUUCUAUGAUUAUAGAUGUAAAUUCUACAAUUAUUGUAGCUCCCGAUUGUAGUGCAAUAAUUACUUCUUCACAUAUAAUGAUUACUAUCGGAAGUGAUGUUAGAUCAAAAGUUUCAACCAAAUUGGAUCCUAUUCAACUUGCAAUAUUUGGUCAUCGAUUUAUGAGUAUUGCAGAACAAAUGGGACAUACUUUACAAAAAACUUCUAUUUCUACAAACAUAAAAGAGAGAUUGGAUUUUUCUUGCGCACUUUUUGGAGAUGAUGGCAGUUUAGUUGCUAAUGCACCGCAUAUUCCUGUACAUCUUGGAAGUUUAAGUCAUACGGUAAAAUAUCAAAUGAAUUAUUAUAAAGAUAAAUUAGAAGAGGGAGAUGUAAUUUUAACCAAUCAUCCACAAGCCGGUGGUUCACAUUUACCAGAUAUCACUGUGAUUACACCUGUAUUCAACGAAGGCAAGAUUGUAUUUUUUGUUGCAUCUAGAGGACAUCAUGCGGACAUUGGUGGCAUUUUACCUGGUUCGAUGCCUCCAAAUUCAAAAGAGUUGUAUCAAGAAGGAGCUGCGAUCAAAUCAUUUAAGCUUGUUUCUAAAGGAAAGUUUGAUUAUUAUGGUUUGGUCGAUAUUCUUGUGAAUCAACCUGCAAAAUAUCCUGGAUGUAGUGGUACUAGAUGUUUACGUGACAACGUUUCUGAUUUAAAAGCUCAAGUGGCAGCCAAUCUUAAGGGUAUCACACUUGUCAAAGCUCUUAUUCAAGAAUAUGGGUUAGAUGUUGUUUUGGCUUACAUGAUGUACAUAAGGAAAAACGCCGAAAUAUCCGUGAAAGAACUGUUAAAAGAUGUUAGUCGUCGAAUAGGUUGUACGGUAUUGAAAGCCAUUGAUUUUAUGGAUGAUGGAAGUCCGAUUCAGUUAAAAAUUACAAUAGAUGAGAAGGAGGGAACAGCAGAAUUUGAUUUUAGCGGUACUGGACCAGAAGUUUACGGUACGCUUAACCUUAUUGCGUGUAACCUUCUUUUAUUAAAAAUACUAAUUCAACUUCAACGUGUAGCAAAUUACAACGCUCCACCUUCGGUCACAUAUAGUGCGAUCAUUUAUUGUCUUCGCUCUCUUAUUGCAAAUGACAUACCUUUAAACCAAGGAUGCCUUACCCCCAUUGAUAUCAAGAUUCCAGAGAAAUCUUUUUUAAAUCCCUCCGACAAAGCUGCCGUCGUUGGCGGCAACGUAUUAACUUCACAACGUCUUGUUGACGUUAUUCUCAAAGCAUUUCAAGCGUGUGCAGCCAGUCAAGGUGAUUGUAAUAACCUUACUUUUGGAAAAGGCGGAAAAACCGAGGAUGGAACCAAGGUUAUAGAAGGAUGGGGUUAUUAUGAAACGAUUGCGGGAGGUAGUGGGGCUGGACCCACCUGGACAGGUCAAAGUGGUGUUCAUACGCAUAUGACCAAUACUAGAAUUACAGAUCCGGAAAUACUUGAAAAAAGAUACGAUCAUUCAAUAAUACUUCGAGAGUUUUCGCUUCGAAGAGGUUCUGGAGGUGCAGGACUUCAUAAAGGAGGAAAUGGAGUAAUACGAGAUAUAGAGUUUCGUGAACCCCUUCAAGUCAGUAUACUUUCAGAAAGACGCGUUCACCAUCCUUACGGAUUACAAGGUGGUAAAAAUGGGUCAAAAGGACUUAACUUGUGGAUUCGUCGGAAUGAAAAUGAUGGUGAAGUUCGUACCAUUAAUUUAGGAGGUAGAAAUACCGUUAAGGUAAACGUAGGUGAUCGUAUUGUCAUUUGUACACCUGGCGGUGGAGGAUGGGGCAUCCCAACUAAUGAACAAGUUGAUGUUGAUGAAGUUGAUGAAGCUAUUUUGAAAUAUUUGCAAUAA